CCAACGUCUGUCCCCUUCCUGGGGGCGGAGCGCCCGGCGAACUGGGGCUGGGCCCUCGCCCCUCCCCCACGUGACGGAGUGUGGUGCAGGCAGUGCCGGGGUGGGAGUUCCCACGUGUUGGUGCUUGGUAGCCGAAUUUGGUCUACGCUGAUCUCCAAGGCCUGUGGGUCUGCGCCUGUGGCGAUGCCGAAGAUCAAGUCGGGGACGAGUGGUCGGCGGCGCGAGCGGCUCAAACAGAGCCGGGAGCUGAAGAGCGCCGGAGGACUCAUGUUCAACACGGGGAUUGGACAGCAUAUUUUGAAAAACCCUCUCAUUGUUAACAGCAUUAUCGAUAAGGCUGCCUUAAGACCAACUGAUGUGGUGCUGGAAGUUGGACCUGGAACUGGCAAUAUGACUGUAAAGUUGCUGGAAAAGGCAAAAAAGGUGGUUGCCUGUGAACUUGACCCAAGGCUAGUAGCGGAACUUCACAAAAGAGUUCAGGGCACGCCUCUGGCCAGCAAACUUCAAGUACUGGUAGGUGAUGUGUUGAAAACAGAUCUGCCAUUCUUUGAUGCUUGUGUGGCAAAUUUGCCAUAUCAGAUCUCUUCCCCUUUUGUCUUCAAACUGUUGCUACACCGACCUUUUUUCAGAUGUGCUAUACUUAUGUUUCAAAGAGAAUUUGCUCUCCGACUAGUUGCAAAGCCUGGAGAUAAAUUAUACUGCAGACUCUCAAUCAAUACACAGCUGUUAGCACGAGUGGACCAUCUGAUGAAAGUUGGAAAGAAUAACUUCAGGCCACCUCCCAAGGUAGAAUCCAGUGUUGUAAGAAUAGAACCUAAGAAUCCGCCACCACCUAUCAAUUUUCAGGAAUGGGAUGGCCUAGUAAGGAUCACCUUCGUUAGGAAAAACAAGACACUUUCUGCUGCAUUUAAGUCAAGUGCAGUGCAACAGCUACUGGAAAGAAACUACAGAAUUCACUGUUCAGUCCAUAAUAUUAUAAUACCAGAAGAUUUCAGCAUAGCAGAUAAAAUACAGCAAAUCCUAACCAGCACAGGUUUUAGUGACAAGCGGGCCCGUUCCAUGGACAUAGAUGACUUCAUCAGAUUGCUACAUGGAUUCAAUGCAGAAGGUAUACAUUUUUCUUAGGAAUCUGGAAAACAGAAUUUUCCAAACUCAAGAAAAAGAAACUGGAAUUACAUAUUUUUAACAAUUUGAAAAGAUGAACCAUGCCUUUCUUCACUGGACCAUAUGUGCUUGACUAUUUUUGACUUCCUACUACUGUCACCAUUUAUUACUCUGAAUUUUUGUGGUAGUAAGUCAGUCAAUUCUAAGUACCCAAGUUUUUUUUGGUUUUGGUGUGUUUUUAGUAUCUAAAGUAGGGCAGGGUCCAAUCUUUGCAUGAUAAUUUCAAGAGCCGCAGGCACGCACAACUUUACACUUAAAAGUUACCAUUUCUAACAGAUUAGUGUAUAAAGAUAUUACUGUUCUAUUUUCUAUGUUAUAUAUUACUAUGAGGACCUCUCUAGGUCUUUGUCCCUCAAAUAGUAAAAAAAAAAAAAACUAAAAUAUGCUUAACUCACAUAUUUCCCGUAGUAUUUCUUUUUAUUAAUCUGCACAAUAAAACAACUGUUUCUUAUUUUG